GGAUGAGGAGGCGGAGGUCGGCGCUCGGGUCCGUCUCUGCCCGCGGCUGUGGCGGCGCCGGCGGCUCCAGCCUUAGCGGUUCCUCCCUGGGCGGCGGCGGCGGCGGCUCGGUCGACGCCUCCUCCGCCAGCUGAGCCCCGCGGGAGCCCGGGACGCCGGCCGCCCGCCCGCCCCGCUCCCCGAGGCCGCCGCCCGGCCAUGGCGCAGCCGGGCCCGGCUCCUCAGCCCGACGUUUCUCUUCAGCAACGGGUAGCAGAAUUGGAAAAAAUUAAUGCAGAAUUUUUACGUGCACAGCAGCAGCUUGAGCAAGAAUUUAAUCAAAAGAGAGCAAAAUUUAAAGAGUUAUAUUUGGCUAAAGAGGAGGACCUGAAGAGGCAGAAUGCGGUGCUGCAGGCCGCGCAGGAUGACCUGGGGCAGCUUCGGACGCAGCUGUGGGAAGCCCAGGCGGAGGUGGAGAACAUCAAGGCCAUCGCCACGGUCUCGGAGAACACCAAGCAGGAGGCCAUCGACGAGGUGAAAAGACAGUGGAGGGAGGAGGUGGCUUCGCUCCAGGCCGUCAUGAAAGAGACGGUCCGCGACUACGAGCACCAGUUUCACCUGCGGCUGGAGCAGGAGCGAAGCCAGUGGGCACAGUACCGGGAGUCCGCGGAGAGGGAGAUAGCGGAUUUAAGGAGAAGGCUGUCGGAAGGUCAAGAGGAGGAGAAUCUAGAAAACGAAAUGAAAAAGGCCCAAGAGGAUGCUGAGAAACUUCGAUCUGUUGUGAUGCCCAUGGAGAAGGAGAUUGCGGCUCUGAAAGAGAAGCUGACGGAGGCUGAAGACAAGGUUAAAGAGCUGGAGGCCUCAAAGGUUAAGGAGCUGAAUCACUAUCUGGAAGCUGAGAAAUCCUGCAGGACUGAUCUGGAGAUGUACGUAGCCGUCCUGAACACUCAGAAGUCCGUUCUACAGGAAGAUGCCGAGAAACUUCGGAAGGAAUUGCACGAAGUGUGCCGGCUCCUGGAACAAGAGCGACAGGAACACAACCAGUUGAAGCACACGUGGCAGAGAGCCAACGACCAGUUUCUGGAGUCCCAGCGCCUGCUGAUGAGGGACAUGCAGCGCAUGGAGGUCGUGCUCACGUCGGAGCAGCUCCGGCGGGUGGAGGCGCUGCGGAGGAGAGACCAGGAGGAAGAUGAACAACAGAGACUGAACAAGAGGAAGGACCAUAAAAAAGCAGAGGUCGAGGAGGAGGUGAAGGCGCCAGUGGUGUGCGCGUUAGCGCAGGAGGAAUCUGCAGCCCAGCUGUCAAACGAGGAGGAUCAGGAGCGCCUGGAUAGCACCCGCGGCUCCGUGCACUCCUUAGAUGCAGACCUGCUGUUGCCCUCUGGAGACCCGUUCAGUAAAUCGGACAGCGACACGUUUAAAGACGGCCUCAGGAGAGCACAGUCCACGGACAGCCUGGGGCCUUCGGGCUCGCUGCAAUCCAAAGCUUUGGGCUACAACUACAAGGCAAAGUCUGCUGGCAACCUGGACGAGUCGGAUUUUGGGCCGUUGGUGGGAGCGGAUUCGGUGUCUGAGAACUUCGACACCGCCUCCCUGGGGUCGCUGCAGAUGCCAAGUGGGUUUAUGUUAACCAAAGACCAGGAGAGAGCAAUCAAGGCCAUGACACCAGAGCAGGAAGAGACCGCGUCCCUCCUCUCCAGCGUCACCCAGGGUGUGGAGAGUGCGUACGUGUCCCCCAGCGGCUACCGCUUAGUCAGCGAGACAGAGUGGAAUCUCCUGCAGAAGGAGGUACAUAACGCUGGAAACAAACUCGGCAGGCGCUGUGACAUGUGUUCCAAUUACGAGACACAGCUGCAAGGGAUUCAGACCCAGGAGGCCGAGACCCGAGACCAGGUGAAGAAACUGCAGGUGAUGCUGAGGCAAGCCAACGACCAGCUGGAGAAGACGAUGAGGGACCGGCAGGAGCUGGAGGAGUCGCUGAAGCGGAGCGCCGAGGACAGCAGCCAGCAGAUCUCUGCGCUUGUCCAAAGAGCCCAAGCGUCUGAGCUCUUGCUUGAGGACUUACAGCAGGGGUUUUCCCAGGCAAAAAGGGAUGUUCAGGAACAGAUGGCCGUGCUGACGCAGUCCCGGGAGCGGGUGUCCGAAGAGCUGGCGCGGCUGCAGAAGGACAACGACAGCCUGCAGGGGAAGCACAGCCUGCACGCGUCCCUGCAGCAGGCGGAGAACUUCGUCCUCCCGGACACCGUCGAGGCGCUGCGGAACUGGCCCUCAGCUACCGCGAGAGCAUCGUGCACGUGCGCACCGCGGCAGAGCACACGGCGUAUGAAGCUCAAGGCCGAGAUCCUGUUCCUGAAGGAGCAGAUUCAGGCGGAGCAGUGUCUGAAGGAGAAUCUGGAAGAGACUCUGCAGCUGGAGAUAGAAAACUGCAAGGAAGAGCUAGCCUCCGUUUCUAGCCUAAAAGCCGAACGAGAAAGAAUAAGAGUGGAAAAAAGGACAGCUGUAGUCGUCGCUGAGAGAGAAGUCUCGGCAGCUGGGAGCGCGCAGGAGACGAAGAGCACGUUGGGAGAGCAGUUGAGGAAGGAGACGCCGCGAAGGCGACUGUGGAACAGCUCCUGUUUGAGGAGAAGAACAAAGCUCAGAGGCUGCAGACGGAACUAGACGUCAGCGAGCAAGUACAGAGGGAUUUUGUGAAGCUUUCUCAGACCCUGCAGGUGCAGCUGGAGCGAAUCCGGCAAAGCGGGCUCCCUGGAGAGGAUCCGGCGAUUCUCAACGACACCAAGCUGACGGACAUCAACCAGCUCCCGGAGACAUGACACCCGCCGCAGGACGUGGCCCGCACCCCGGGCUUUUAACUCCUCUUAGAGCAACAUUAAUUAUUCUUAACUCUUAACCGAAGAAGUCACAGAACAGGAGGACAGGAGCGAGGCUCACCCGUGGCGGGAGAAGGCCGUGGCGCGGGAGCCACGAGCAGGACUUCCCAACGGGGACGCUGACGGACGGGAACGGGACUCGGGGGGUGACAGAGGAAGUGCUGCUGUAAGAUGUCCCCUGCCUUUUAAAGCACAGCCCAGUCGCGUUUGGAAUGACCUUUUCCGUUCCCGAUGCCGGAGAGAGCGCUUACUUUUCCCGUCGCCCGGCGCUCACCAGUAACAGCCCCCCAGCUAGCACACAGACGUGUCGUUUGCUGUAUGAAUAUUUAUAUUAAAAUACGAAGGUUGAGAGCAGGCCGUUGGCUAGUGACCGAAUUUCCGAGCUCCGUGUGUCUCUCCUGCAUCUUCUCUCGCGUCGGAGGCCGCAGAUGCUACUGAGGCUUGCCGAGUGCGCCCGACGAGACCAGUUCAGGGGCUGGAUUAACCGCGAGGACUUGAAAGCGAGGCUGGGCGCUCUCUGUGUCGGAAGCUGAGGUUAAAGGAAAAGCACAAGAGACCGGAAGCACUUUCUCUGCCGCCCGGAUGCAUCUCGUGGGCCCGCAGGUACCAGGGUUAAGCUGAACUGGCACGUCUACUCUCGAAAACUGUUUUAGUUUAGUUACUGGAUCAGUGGAAAAAUAAUAAUAAUAAAGCAAGCUAUGUCUGACAUCUAGUAUAAACUUA